CUCCAGAGAGCUCAAACUCCUCCUCCUGCUCGUGCUGCUGCUGCUGCCUCCCCCCCCAACUCUCCCUGACACGCACGGGGAGAGAGAGAGAGAGAGGCAGCGGGCAGAGCUGGUUGGGCCAGUGAGCCAACACGAACAAUUGCCGCAAGCACGCACAAACUUCCACCAUUCAAAAAAAACCCCACAACAACGAUCAUUGUCGCACGUACACAACAACACUACUACUACCACCACAACCACCAAUCUUCACCACGAGGAGGAGGAGGACACCACCACCACCGACGAGGAGGACGACGAGGAGGAGGAGGAGAUCACCACCAUCUUCUUGCCGAGGAGAUAUGGAGCCGUUCUUCUCAUUGUGGCACCGAAACGCGCUGUCGCUCCUGGGCUGAUCCGCAAGCUUCAUCACCACCAACCACCACGCGUGGCCUUUUACUUCAUAAUCAUUCGCUUUUCCCUACGGCGUGGGCUGUUCUGUUUAUUUAAAACAUUUAUUUAAACUUUUCCUCGCUACCGCGACGUUGUGUGGGGGGCCCCCGCAAGGCCGUGAGAGAGAUAGAGAGCGAGCGAGCGAGCGGUGAAAUGAGACUUGUUUCUUAGUAGCGAAGAACUUACGCGAAUGUUAACUUCGUAACUUUAAUCGUCAACGCAUUGGGUUUUUGUUGUUGUAAUAUAAGGUAGCCGCUGUGGUUUCUCUUAACAGUUUUUUUUUAAUUUAGUGACCAUUUAAGUGGCGAGUGUUUGUGGGUUUAUUUUGAAGGGGGGUUAUUUUUGGCUGCCUCAGCCCGGACCACAAAAGUCGGCAAUCUCUUCAUCAUCUUCAUCAUCAUCAUCCUCGACAAUGGAGCCCAGGAGAUGCUUGAUACUUCGGCUGAUGACGGUGGUGAUGAUGUGCAGACGAGCCGCUCCAGGCGUGCUGUCGGGUGGCUUGACGUUGGCGCUGGCCGGGCCGCCGCCUGCGUUCGUGGAGACGCGCGAGUGUGUCUACUUCAACCUCAACUGGGAGAAGGAGGGCACGGCCGCCGGAGGCACGGAGGCGUGCGACGGCGACCGCGAGAAGCGGCAGCACUGCUACGCGUCGUGGCGCAACGUGUCAGGUGGCGUGCGGCUGGAGAGGCAGGGGUGCUGGCUGGAUGACUUCAACUGCUACGACAGCAGUCUUAAAGAAAGACUCCGAUUGGUUCUGAUGAGCAGGAGCGAGUGCGUGGAGUCGAGCGAGAACCCCGCCGUGUACUUCUGCUGCUGCGAUGGGGACCUGUGCAACGCCAUGUUCACCCACCUGCCCGUCCUACAGCCCCGGGCCCACGAGGGGGCUCAGCCCGGCGUGGCGGAGAGGCAGUCCACGGCGUCGGGAGCCUUCCUCUACACGCUGGUGCCCCUGCUGGCCGUCACGAUGGUGCUGCUGCUGUCUUUCUGGACGUACCGGCACCACAAGCUGGCGUACGCGCACGCUGCACUGCCUCCACAGGAGGCAAGCCUGGCACCCCCGUCGCCCGUGCUGGGUUUGCGACCCGUGCAACUGCUGGAGUUGAGGGCUCGCGGCCGCUUUGGCUGUGUCUGGCGCGCUCAGCUACUAUCCCAGGUCGUCGCUGUGAAGAUCAUACAGCCCGUGAAUAAACAGUCGUGGCAGAACGAGAUGGACAUAUUCCAGACGCCGGGCAUGAGGCACGAGAACCUGCUGGAGUUUAUCGGCGCCGAGAAACGGGGAGCGAACCUGGACAUGGAGAUGUGGCUCAUCACCGCCUUCCACGAGCGGGGCUGCCUGUCGGAUUACCUCAAGGGCAGCACGCUGUCAUGGGCGGAGCUGUGCCACGUUGCCGAGACGAUGUCGCGCGGACUCGCCUAUCUGCACAGUGACGUCCAUGGCAAGAACGAAGGCAGCAAGCCGGCCAUCGCUCAUCGUGACUUCAAAAGCAAAAACGUGCUUCUGAAGAACAACCUGUCGGCUGUCAUCGCCGACUUUGGGCUGGCGCUCAAGUUUGAGCCGGGAUGCUCACCUGGGGACACCCACGGACAGGUGGGCACGCAGCGCUACAUGGCCCCGGAGGUGCUGGAGGGUGCCAUCUGCUUUCAGCGCGACGCCUUCCUGCGCAUCGACGUCUACGCGCUGGGGCUCGUUCUGUGGGAGCUCGUGUCACGGUGCACAGCCGCCGAUGGUCCGAUAGACGAGUACCGUGUGCCGUUUGACGAGGAGAUCGGUGAGCACCCCACGCUGGAGGACAUGCAGGACAUCGUGGUGCAGAAGAAAAUGCGGCCAGCGUUUCGGGAGGCGUGGCUUAAGCACCCGGGACUGGCUCAGCUGUGCGUGACCAUGGAGGAGUGCUGGGACCACGACGCGGAGGCUCGCCUUUCGGCCGGCUGCGUGGAGGAGCGCCUGGUGCAGCUGCGGCGCCACCCGGGGCCUCCAGGCCUGCCCGGCGGCGGUGGCACCACCACCGCUACCACCGCCUCCUCUCCUCCCACCGCCGACACCACCACUGCUGCUGCGCCCCUUCACUCCGACUCCCUCAUCAUCUCCAUGUCUCCGACCUUACUCAACCUUCAUUCGUCGUCACCCAGCAAGGAGUCGAGCCUCUAGACCAGGGGUGGGAAACCUCGACGGACCCAGGGGGCCGGAUGUGGCCCGCGACUUCAUUUCAUACGGCCUGUGACCUUCAGUCACUGCAAGGGGCCCCCUUGAAUAUUGACAGAAGUGAUGAAGCUGUUUGUGUUAACGUGUGGCCCCACCUAAGGUAAUUCAAAGUGCUAUUCGGCCCCUGGUAAGGAAAGGUUUCCCCAGUCCUUCUGUAGGCGAUCGUCAAACUGUUCGAAUCACUUUUCAUUAUUUAACCGGGUUUAGAGGUACGCAUUGUUCGUUAUAUGCAUCACAAGGAAGGCCUCGGAAACUUAAGGGCGUCACGUACGAACAGUUACAAAUUUUUACCCAAUUUAGUUUUCCUAUUUUACACACGUUUUGGAUUUGGUAGGCAUUGACCCUUGGAUAGAUUUCAGAACGAUAUUGCUGGGUCAUUGCCGUAUGCUUUCCAGCAGGGGGUGAGAUGAAAUUGAAUCAGCGCAAGUACCGUGACUACUAAGCAUUGGGGAAUUGAAACAAUUUUAAUUUCCCGCAAGCUGGCUCAGUGUGUGGGCCCUGUACAAAUACAAUACAAUUUUGAUAUUUAUCGCAUAUUAAUGCAACCACACGUCAAGGUUCUGUAAACAGCUUGGUGUGUGCACCACCAAGCUGUUUAUCUGCCCGUCCAAUCUGGUUUUAUUUCAUCGAUGUCACCGGGAGACUUGCUUAGUUUAGCCAGCGAUUAUUAUUUUUACACUACCUGCUUAUCCUAACCAAGGUAGAGAUGCUAUCUGUUCAUGGCGUUGUGAGGUUAUAAAAAAAAAAUCACUCAAAUAGUUCACGUUGUAAGUUGGACAAAAAUAAUAGUGCUUUAAUUUUUUUUAAACCAAAGUGACUUGAGCUGAUUUUAUACUUCGCAUAUUUGAAAUAUGAAAUGUAUUAUCCCUCUUUCCCUCCCCGUUCCCUCCAAUUGGCUCUUCUGGCAUUGUAGUAAGAAAAAUGGACAUUUUAUUUAAGAAAUAGUAAUUCAUUGCAGUUGAUUGUAGUUAAUAAACUUAACACUGGCGUUAACUCAUAAUCCUAAUUUGGAUACGUAAAUGGUUACCAAACACUGUCCUCACCCAGAUUACAUUUUUUUUAAACAUUUACCGUGAAUGUUUAAAAGUAAAUGUUUAUGAAGCGCGCUUACCUGAUGGUCAGGGUUAAGACCAGGGUUAGCAUUUAGAUAUUGGCUGGGGAUAGUCUCAUUUUAGGUUAAGGCCUUGGGCUAGCGAUAGUGUUAAGGCGAGGGUUAGUCAUAUUGGCUAUAACCGUCUAAAUACUUUAUGAUAAACUAAAUUAGAACAUGUAAUAUAUUUGUUAAACAUUUUUAUUUUCACGAUAAAAUGUCCCAGUCUCCCCUGCUGUACAUGAAACCAGGUCUGGUCAGGACCCUAGUUAGAAUGUAAUACCCCUCUUCCACUGGCACAUCCGAGCCGAGCCAACACGGCACCUUCACAGUACAGGUGAUUUUUUUUUUUCCACCGGCCAAUUACCGUGCUAAGCUGGAACCAAAUCGUGAUGGCACGCUGGCCUCGCGAGACGUCGAAAUCUGGUUGCUUUUUCAUUGCACGUGGCAUCAAACCGUCAGCUCUUAAAGGACACAGAGUCGCGGCGUCAUCUACACGCGGCUCUCCACCCAUUCGUUUCUUGUUACGUCAGCGGCUCGACUUGGCUUCGGCAGUGAAGAAACCAACAGCUGUGGCUGUGCCGGGCUGGCUCGGCGCAGCUCCAGCGGAGCUUGGUUGUGCAGUGGAAACGGCUGUGAAUGUGGGGUGUCACGUUGAGUUCGCUCUGGAGGCGUGUCUCAUCAGUCUGCCAUGCGUUUUUAGCAUUUCAAGGGACAUCCCAGGGAAUGGGUUUGGUAUUUAGGCAUUGUCAAAUAAUUGUUCACAUUGCCUACUUUAGAAAACGAUAAGAAAGAUGUCAUUUAAAAUAAUUUCAUGCCUUGUUUUUUUGCUCAGUUAUAUCGAAUUGCGAUUUUUUUUUUAAAAUAACUGAUCGUGUGUGUACUGUACAUGCCCAGGUCAUGGGUCAUGUUCCUGUGACUUGAUUUGGUAAGAUAGAUUUGAGGAGGGUAAAGCGAUAGUACUCGUAGCGAGACUUAAAAAGACCCUUUCAAGGUUGUAAUUCCAUUCGUCUUACUCAAAAGUCAAAAUUAAUUGCUGCUUAAAUGGGGCGGUACUCAUUUCUGCCCUGACCCAGUGGUGAAAAUUGCACAUUCCUAUGGCAGGGGUGAGUCUCUCUACAGGCUGACCACUACCACUGUUGACCUCCCCCCCCACACAAUGUGGUACUCAUGUUAUUGAUCCAUGAUGCUGGGGUUGGUGAAAUUGAUACCACUUUGAAAAGAGCCAACUGUUGUAGCAAAAGACUGGGUCCUUCCAUACCAAUGUGGAAUUUGCACCUCUGAUUCAGAAGCAACAAGACGUGAGGGAGGUCUCGGUUUUCUACUCGAUAAUUGUGAACUUUUGCAAAUGAAAUUGGAAUAUAUGUGAAGAAUAUUAAGCUUGCUUGUUGCCAUCAAAGAUGAUGAUACUUUCCUCAAACAUUGCUUUCCCAGAGCAAUGCUUAUUUUUUUUGUUUAUUGAGCAUAAAUCAAAAACAUGCCAGUUACAAAAAAGGACGGCGCGUUAGCUUGUUGUUUUGUACGGUGGGGGGGAAAGCUACGUGAACGCACGUCAUGUUUUCAAUGGUGCUUUGAACGCACAUCCUCAGUGCGUGUGCCUGGUGCAAGGCCCGUUUUAUUUGUCCCGAGGGGCCUUUUUUUGUAGCCUUUGCGAUAACUACGGCAAGUGAUGGUUCUACAAAAGACACGAUUUGAAUGGGUCUGAAACGUGUUAUUUUAAUGCGGUUUUUUUCUCCCCCCCCUCCCCCGCCCCCGCCCAUUCGUCUUUGGUACUUCAAGCCUGUUUACGUUGCGGGAGAUUUGUGACUGGGUUGAUUUUGCUGGAGUAACGACUUCCCUCGUCGAUGCUCAUCGUUGUUUUUAUUCAUCAAUAAAGGGGGGGCAACACACCCGGUGAACGCGGACGGUAGAGGCCACCGGAUAUCAGGACACAAGCCGGCUGCAGGCUGCACUUGCACUCCGAGGUGUGUGUACGGUUGCCACUUGUCCCUGGUUUCCCCAGGAUCAUACUCUCUGGUUGAGGAGGUAGCUGUCUUGGGAUCUUCGUAAGUCUUGCCAGGAUAUUAAAGCGUCCCCCCCCCCAACCCCCCGUUCUGGUAUUAUGAGAUAUCAUUUCCAUCAUAUGUCUUGGGUGGUUUUUAGUACCUUGGAGGUGGCAACCCUCAGUGUGUGUGUGUCCCUAUUGCAUGCAAUGUAAAACUAUCAUGGCACAGAAUACAGUGGGGAAGUAACAUGCACAUCUCCCUGCAGAUAGAGCAAGGAAAAAUGUAUUGAGGAGUUGGAGGUAUUCAUAUCCAUUCCAUACGGUCAAAUCAAGUUUACAAUUCGCCAAAUAAAAUAGGUAAUUACGCCAAUUGCACAUGCAUCGAAUUCUGCAUGUUGGAAUCAUUCCACUGCAGAUUCUACAGCGGCAACUGAAAGAAAAAUAAACCGAGUUGAAUCAUGGCCUCAUUUUUAUAAUUAGCAAAUUCGAAGCGGCAUGUUCUGUUUAGGAAUCGAUGCAUCGUCAGUUGACCACGAGCAAACAAUGGAGGAUGCGUGCUUUUCCCCCUCGAUCUAUAAAAAACCUCUUAAUUCAAUAAGUCGGGUUUUAGCGAUGCUGGAGACGCAGCUCAACAAUUUGAAUGAAACGUGUUCAUGCGCAGCGGUGACGAACUAUGCGGGGUGCAAAUGCGGCCCGCAACGUCUUGAUGUCCUUAAGCUUUUUGUGUUCACGGAAUCCUCUUCAGCAGAGGUGGUGGGGGGGGGGGGGGGGGGGUUUCCCAAAACGUUCCAAGCCCGCGGACCGCUGUCAACCGUCGACGUUUCGCACGCCACCGUUGUCGUGUAAAACGUGUGGCGUUUUGUGAAAUGUUAUCGUACGGGACGUUCGGUUCCGUGGGUCACUUCCCCACCCACGGCACGGCCUUGCCUUGCUCUCGAAAAGCAACGGUUUUGUUUUUGUAAUCUGUGUAAACUACCUCAAGUUUCAUUUUUUUUUUAAAUAUAAACUGCAAGUUUGAUUCUUGCCACAUCGAAGAGUCCCUUACAAGGAGAGAGCAAAACGUUCCAGAUUUUAUAUACUGUAUAGUGAUAUAAGGUUGUUUUUUUUUACCUGCUGAUGGUUUUACAGUCGAAUGGUUGGUUAUUCUAGUUGUAGAUCUGGGAAGUCUCAUUGUACGACGUGAGCAGAAAAUACCUCAGUCUUGGAUGCACACUGUGUUCACUUCUGUUUGUUCCUCGGUAUUCUCCAUCAAAUGUGAAUUAUCCGUUCUUAAAACAUCCUACUCGCAAAGCCCUUUUUGUGCUCCAGGUUUACAGAGCAAAUGAGGCUGUGUUGAAACGCAAAAUCGCCAAGUCUGGGAAUCGAGCUCAUUUAAGGGAGGCAUCCUUUUAAAACCUCUCUCGUGCAAGAAUUAUUAGAAUGAAAACCAAACUGUUUCUCUAUUGGUUUAAGGUAAUUUUAGAAUUCAAAAGAAAUCCCCACCUGCCCCCCCCCCCCAAAGUGCUGAUAAUAGUUUUUGUAUCAUUUCAUAGCGGUCAUAUAUAUCGUAGCAGUCCACCGCAGUAUAUAUGAUGCAUGAGAGAGGGUUAACGUAUACCCUUUAUAUGUGCCCGGCACCAUAGCAUGUGCGCCAAUGAGCAUGGUAGAAUGCACAUGCUGCCUUCCAAAGGGUUUAUUGCGCAAGUUUUAUACAUCCUAGCAACUGUGCUGGUCAAUCGCAAGUGUUCUUUCAAAUCUGUGGUUGCGGACUCGACGUUACUUUCGACAUCUUGUGUAGCGCGAUGUAAGAAAAAAAAAGCUUUUUUUCCUGGUGCCCAAAUCGUAUUCAUUUUAAUGCCAUGUGGUAGAUUGUGCACACCUUAGCUCAGGGGUUUUACGUGUUCAGUGCUUUACACCGUAGGCGAGUCAAAGUCUUGCCAUUAUGAGCAGCGACACUGGGCUGCACAUUCCUAUGUUCACUGCUCCGUUGUUUUGUGCCGCUUAAGGUGGAUCAGCGAUUUGAAUUCUACGCUGCACGGCAGCUCAUGUCACCUCUUUUGCCAAUCAUAAUGAACAUUGCUGACAUGCAAAGGCACUUGUUAAUGCGGCCUCUUGUUAAGGUAGAUUGUAGCACUUGAUGUCAUUGAUUCUGUAUUUAAUUUGGGGGGAACCACAACAAUGGAUACAUUCGGAAGUUUUUUUUUGUAAUUGGCCUACAUGUAAUUGGGGUAAAAUGGAGGUGCAUUGGUUAUGCACUACACAGUGAACCCAGCGACAUGUUUUAUUCCAAGCCACGGCUAUCAUCAGUGGCGAGCUAUACCUGAAUUGGUCCUGGGGCCCCCUUUCAGCCCGCAAUGUACGGUCAAACAUCCGCCAUGACCAACGUGGCAUGGGGGAGGCCUUCAUCCAGCAGUGGAUUGACAAAAGAAAGGCCUGUGCAUUCUAUUUUAUUUUUGUUAACAUUUGUGACUGAAUAUUUUUUUCUGGUUGGCUGAGAGAGUCUGAGAAGCUUGCGGAUUUGGAGUAUCUUGUGAUGAAUGCACAGCUCCUGAAGUGAAUCAUAUCCUUAGUGUUUCUGUAUUAUAAAAUCGGACUUAAAGAAAUGUUCCUUUGACAUCAGGGGCACAUAACACCUGGUGGUUAUGCAUGUAAUGAUGGGUUACCACAGCUGUCUGUUGAAUUGCCACGAUUCUGGCUCGUAAUUUGAUUCGACAAUACUCUGGUCUCACAAUGUACAUUACCAUUCUUGGAAAUCCUUGCAAAUGCGUUUCCAUCUCGAUGGACUUUCCCAGGUGAAAUAUUUAAAAAAAUUGAAAUAAUAUUGUUUGCUAUAAAUUGAUAAUGCUAAUUCCUCAAGCGCAAUUUUAUGCAAUUAUCGUGAGUAAAAGAAACACUUUUAAUAGAUGGAUUGAUACUGCAUUGCCUACGGCCUCUUUUCACAAUACUUUCAGAUCAGCACAUUUGGUAUUUUUGCACCAUUCUUAGGAGCGGGAAGGCUGUGGCAAAAGCGCUCUGCUUCACAAGAUAACUGAAGAGUCUGCAGGAGUUUCACAAGUAGAGGAGGGGCAUUUUCCAUAUAGGCCUUACCAAAUGAGAGUGUUGAUUUGGCGAGUCCUUUUCAAACGUGCCAAAUUUGGCAACUGUAAUACCAGUGAGCUUUUUUUUCCUGAACGAAGCCUCCCUUUAAUGUGACACGUGACAAACUGCGGUUUAAAUUACGGACAUGGAGUGCCUACAACCUCUCACUGAGGCGGGGCCCUUUUUUUCUAUACUUUUAAUAAUGUAUUACUGUCACGGUUAGAUUCCAGGUAUUAUGUUAAACCUACAUGCAGUAUUUUGGUUUGUGAAAACGAUUUGUUAAGUGCUGUUUGUGCCUGGACACAAAUAACUACUUUAAACAUCGUGUCGUCAGGCGGCCAAUUUUAUAAGUCUCGUUUUUUUUGUCUCAGUCUGCAGGACAACUGUUUUAAUGGAGAGCUCAACCCAGUGUCUGGUCUUAAAACCUUGUAAAUUAAAGAGUUUUGUUACGAACGUAUUGUUAUCGUUAUCGGUUUAGUUGAUGUCGUUUAUUUUGUAGAGUAAGCAUAGGGCUUUUGUUACAUUUUAGUAUUUAACAUUUUUCUAACGGGAAGGAAAUGAGUGUGGCGUUUCACACGGCGCACGUUUUUUCAUGUUUAUGUGGGGGGGUCUCACGCAACCCAAGAUGUUUCUGUCGGUUUGAAGGGCUUUUUUUACAUUAAAAAGUUCCGUCCUCAUGUUUAUACAGUGUUCUAUGGGGCUGGGCCUUCUUUGUGAAUGUUCAUAUGACUUUUGUUGUUGCCAGUGUUUCAUUUAAAAAAGAAAUCUGUAUCCUAAUAACCUCAAGUCUUCAUGUUUUCUUGUGUGCGACUUUUAUGUCUGUCCAGAAGCCUAAGACAGCCAACAUUGUUCCGAAUGCAUAAACUGUGAAACUGUACAGUCAAGUCUAAAUAAAUUCCUCCGGUUUUUA